GCUAGACGCACAGUGGUGAACAUCAUACAAAAAAUCGGACACACAUACACAUUUCGGGCACUCGCGCGAACUGCAAGCACGCGGAAAAUGUACAGCGAACGCGUGCGCGCACCUACGCCAGAACCGAGCUCCGGAAACGGCCCGUUUUAUCCCAAUAUUUUGGUCCGACUGCUGUUUGCUGGUGGUAGUGGUAGUAGCAGCAGACCGUCUUCUACAUACCCGGUGUAUCGCUUGAGUUAGACAAUCGUACAAGGAGAGAUAAACAAAACCCGAACCAGACUGAGUGGUUUAUUUGGGACGUGGAACGAUUUGUGUGCUUUGCCAAGCCUCUGUCUUGGCUUUUGUUUUGGUCGCCUGGUUCGUGCGAGGGAAGACGGUGUUCGUGUGGAUGGGUCGCGGUACGACGCACGACGCGGCCAACGAGACACGCGCACUACCACCCACUCGUCAGUGGAGCGAGCACUCGGCCCCGGGAAAAGAAGAAAGAAUUUGUAUCAGGACUUUCAAUCUAGUAGCACAUUCCUCUGCUAAGAGACCAGCUGUGCCAACUUGUCCGAGGGGGAAAACAAGAAAUUUCCAUAUCUGCACGGCAAAUGGGCCGCCGGGCUGGUCGUUGAUGGUACCAGUGUGCGAUUCAAGUGUGCAAGUGUCUGAGUGAGUGUCUGUUGGCACCAAAUGUCGUUCUGAUAAUAGAAGAAGCUCGAAGAUUGCUCGACAAACCACACGCUUCCAUCCUCGUGACUUCUCGAACUGAACGGAUAAAGUUUAAUGCAACAUCGUGGUGUAUUUGGUUUGGUGGAAAAAUGCGAUCGGAAUGCUACAACGGCAGCGGUGCCAGCACUUCCUCCCCCAAGCGACGGGUCAACGUAGUAGGCAAUGGGAGGUCCAACCAUCACCACCAGCGACAGCACCAUGCAGCAGCCGGCGCAAAUACCCACCGGGACACGACGACACAUGACAGAGGCACAGACUCACCACCCACCCUGACCGAACUGCCACCGUCCAGCGGAUCCUUUCUACACAUAUCAAUCACCAAGCUGGCCAUCGGAAGCCGCCUGUUCGUGAUAGUGCUCCAGCUGGUUGCUAACCUUCUCCUGCCAGACCACGAAGCAGGCGUGUUUGUGGCACCGAGCGACAAGAACGCACCGGAGCGACCACUGGACGCACUGGUGCGACUCACGCUCGGCGGUCUGAACCGGUGGGAUGGCCAAUACUUCCUGCACGUUGCCGAGCACGGCUACACGUACGAAAAUGCGCUCGCCUUCUUCCCGCUGUUCCCAUUCAUCCUGAAAAUUGUGUGCAGCUCGCUCAGCAGCUACGAGGUGAUCACCUUCUUGAGCUAUCGGGAGCUGUCGCUGCUGCUGGCGGUGCUGCUGAACGUGGUGUGCUUUACCGGUGCAGCGAAAGCGCUCUAUCGGCUGAGCAAGCACGUGCUCGGCAAUCAGAAGAAGGCGGAGAUUGCGGUGCUGCUGUUUUGCUUCAACCCGGCGUCCAUCUUCUUCACCGCCCCGUACACCGAAAGUCUGUACGCGUGGCUGUCGUUCGUCGUGAUGUACCAGUGCAUCGAGGACGUGACGUCGAUCUUCCUGACGAUCCCGCUCAGCCUGUCGAUACUGUGCCGCUCGAACGGCAUGUUCAACAUCGGGUUCGUGCUGUACUUUGCCGUGCGCCGGAUCGUCGCCCAGUACAACGUGCACAACGUCAUCUGCAUCUGUUCGCGGCUCUUCUCGAUGCUGAUCAUCGUGCUGUUCCACUACGGUAUCGCCCAGGUGUACAACUACUAUCUGUUUUGCUUCGUGCAGAAGUUCAACUUUCCCGACCACGUGCGUGAGUACGCGGCGGAGCAUGGGCUAGUGCUGGCCGGCAACAAAACGGACGACUCAUCGCCCUGGUGCACCAACCUGGUGCCGCUGUCGUACUCGUACGUACAGAGCCACUACUGGAACGUGGGCUUCCUGCGGUACUACGAGCUGAAACAGCUACCCAACUUUCUGCUCGCCCUGCCGGCCGUGUAUCUCGUACUGAGCAACUCGUACCAGUAUCUAUGCGAGCACUGGGAGUACGCCCUACGGUUGGGGCUGUUCCGGCUGACCAAGAAGCAGCACAAGCUGAUGCGCCCUUACGAUCGGUUUGCGCUCGUGUUUGUCGUGCACGCGCUCGUGCUUACGCUCUUCUCGCUGGUGUUUGUGCACGUGCAGGUUACGACGCGGCUCCUGUGUGCGGCCAGUCCCGUGCUGUACUGGUACACGGCCGAAUACUUUACCGGGGAGCGAGCGUUCAUCAAGCGGCAGGUUAUCCGCAAGCUGUCGAAGCAGGUGAAGGAUGGCGAGGAAAACAGUUGCACCCACGUGCUGAACCACAUCGAGCUGAGCGAUUUGCUUGACUUUCGCUGGAUGAACGGCCGGCAGCAAACGAUCCUGGUGUACUUCCUCGGCUACACCGUGGUCGGGACGGUGCUGUUUAGCAACUUUUACCCGUGGACUUAAUGGAAGAGGGAGAAUCUGAGCGAACUGCAGCGAUCAUCCUUUCCUUCUUUCGCAGCUACAAAACAAGCAGCUACUCUCUCUCUCUCUCUCUCUCUCUCUCUCUCUCUCUCUCUCUCUCUCUCUCUCUGUUGUUGACCAAAGCUAAAAGACGGUUACCAAGAACCAGGACACAAAUUCUACUCUAAACAUUGGGAUUACACUUAUCUCGUGCCUUUUUCGCUCUACUACAUAUAUACAUACACACAUAUUGCCAAAACCGAACGACGAAUACCAAAAUUUGAGGGGCAGCAGCAAGGUGAGCAGAACCACAAUGGUUUUCAACCAAAUAGGUUCAAGCUGACUGCGUCGAAACGAACGAAAACUUCCAAUUCGAAAUUGACCAAAGUUUCGCUUUCUAUUUGCUCAUUGUUAAAUUACAAAAUUUGCCAAAUUAUUAGGAAAUUAAUUGGAGUGUUACGUACUAUCGUUUCCUUCGACCAUCAUGAUCGAACCCGGACUGUGUUCUUUUGUGUUAGCAUUAGCCCGUAGACUAGUAGAAUGUAUUGCUAUAAUUUAAGGGAUUUUAAAAUUGAAAGCGAGAGCGAGCAGAACCGGUUGUUAGCGAAUCUUAAGCUUAAGCGCGCUGAAAUGUUCUGGUUAACAUUAUUGUUGUGUUCCGGGGACAAUGUAGUUAUCUCUAUCCAACUUUGCCUUGCAUUACCACCGAAAAGGAACAACUCUGUCGUCCGGCACUGCUGCUACUGUGGCGCCAACGAACCAAUGGAUGGGCUUUGACUGUUUUAGUUAGAAAACACAAGGAAGCAAAACGUGGUCGGUGUUUCUGCUACAGAAAAACCGCACUACAACAGCUAAAACGCAACGCAUGGAUCAAUGGACAUGGACAAGUGGGUGGAUCGGAUCAAACAAAAGCCAAACUUGCAGAGCUACCAUAUAUAGAUAUACACAUAUACAGAUAGCGACUUUACUUGAAAAAUAAAAGAAAAUACUAUAUACAUAUUUAAACUCGAGUCAAGCUAUAUAUAUACAUAUAAUUAACAUGGUUUUUAACCAUCAUUAGACUUUACAAAGCAGAGCUACUGUGGGUUGCAAUAGUAGUGGUAAGACUCGCAAACCAGACGAACACGAAAUAUUGGAGUGAAAACAGCAGAAAAAAGAAAACGAAACUGUAUCUUAAAACAAAAUCAUAAAAAAACAACAUGUUAAAGCUAUUCUCUUCCGAUAGAAGUGCAUAACUAUAAUGUAGAUUAAACAAAUAGCAACACUAAACACUUGCAUCGUACAUACGUACGUACGUACACCCUAAACAGAACAGAACGAAAACAAUCAAAUGAAAUAUUUCCUAAUUAUAUCGAGAGACGGGCAAUCGAACGAACUUAACAUAUUGUGAGAAACGGCGGACGAAGCAGACGGUAGCAAACGUUGGUUUUCCACUAGGAUUAGACGUAUUUCAAUUCAAGUUGUUGUUGUUUAUACAAUUUCAAAACAUUACUUACUUCGGGGAAGAAAAAGGUUAACGGUAACGAACCAAUAACAUUAGCAAAAAAUACAGGAGUAUCGCGUUUUACACAACACUUUCUACACACACUAUUCUGUGUAGAGUAGGGUUUCGACUAGAGCGAGAACAACAAGUUAGUGAUUAGUUAGUAAAAAUCGAACUAAAGAGGAGACAAACGUAAACCAAUUAAACCAAACAUAAUCAAUCAUAUAAAUGCAAGAUGCUAAUGCAAUUAAUACACUGUCGCACAGUAAUUAAAUAAUUAUCAAACUAAAUAGAAACUUAAAACACAAAUGAAUGAAAAAACCAUAACUUCCUCACGCAUAAAUAAUCAAAUCAAUUACUAAACUAAACUGCAUUACUUAAACUGCAGCUCCAAAGACACGCACAUACCACUCUCACCGGUCGUGCUUUACAUAUUAUCCAUUCGAUUUUAACUACUUUUAAUAACUUAUAAAAUAAAAAGUAAUAAAAAAUUGACAAAAAAACUGUUCAAUUAGGCACGCUUUAUAGAAGCGAAAAGCAUGGAGUUUAAAGGAAGGUGCGCCAUAGUGAGACGUGUUAUUUAGUCAUUCGCAUUCGUAGUCGACAAUUCAGCUACUUAUUGGAAGAGGUUACUCUCGUUCUUUUGCGUAAUUACGAUUUCAAUGUGUAAUAUAUUUCUCGCUCGCGUAAGCGAUAUUUGAAGAGCAUGUAGAGCAAUUAUCAAUUGAAAAAUUUAAAGUAUUUAAAGCGCUACACAUAAUUGAUCUAUUUGAACGAAUCGAACUUAUUGCAAAAGACAGUAAUCGGGCAGUGGGCAGUUUUCAGUACAGUACGCACAGUACAGCGCUAUCGAAAUUGUUUGGAACGUCUCUCCCUUACCUCUCUAAUCGUUGAAAUCCGCUUUUAAAAUUCAAAGAGUUUAGUGCAAUACUAUCUUCGAAGACGUUUGUUAGACAAUAUCUAGUUUCACUGUUGGACUAUUUCUAAUAGAAAAAAAACUCCAAUAAACUGUUUCUCAUUCGAAUAUGACGAUCGUACGUGUGUGUUUGACCCCUUUUCUUUCCAAAAAACUCUUUUAGUAUAAAUAUUAAUGCAUUUUUUGUUCUUAACAUUGGUCUCAUUUUAGGAUCGCUGCCGCAAUGGCUCACCGUACGGAUCAUGGGCGAUCGAGAGAGUCGGGCUCACGAAGAA